GCUACGGACCAGUCAGAAGCGUGUCACAUUCGUACGUGAGAGUUUAUUAGCGAAUAUAACGAGCUGAUUUUAUAAAUUCAAGUAUAUUUUUUCCAAGUAAAAGACUGUGAAAUUGUGCAAUUUCAAAAGCAAGUGUAUAAAACCUAAAAUAAUAAACAUUUGAAGAACUUCCUGGUGCAAGUGUUUGGAGCACAAGAUUUAUAUAAUAAAAUAAUAAAAAAUUAAAAUGGCUGCAAGUGCGAGCGAAAGCAAAUCUACUGUGGCUCCGGCUAAUGGCACAGUUGCCAUCGAACAGGCCAAAGAUGUGCAGAAUCUUUUGCCACAUUUAGAAUCACUGGAGCGUAUUAUUAAGUUGCCAGUUGUGGGCGCGGCCUGGGACAAGAGUCAGGAUGUCUACCAAAAUGUCAAAGGCCGCAAUCGCGUUUUCAACUGGGCGCUCAACGCCGCCGAGGAUUGCGUUUCGCGCGCCGUCGUCACCGCCGCACCGAUUGUCUCGAAACUGGAUCGUCCCAUACAGUAUGUCGAUCAGACGCUCGUCAAAGGCAUUGACAAGCUGGAAGUGUCCGCACCCAUUAUCAAGGACACACCACAGGAAAUUUACAAUCAAGCUAAAAACAAAGUGGUCGAAGUCGUGCAGCCACAUAUUGAACGCGUGACGAAAUUCAAAACUGCUGGCCAACAGAAAGCGGCCUCUUUGAAGGAUUUGGCGUGGGCCAAGGCUAAUGAGGUGCUGGCUACGCAGUAUGGCAGUCUGGCGGUUUCGGGCGUUGAUACCACAACCGCUUUGGCGGAGCGUCUGCUCGAAUACUAUUUCCCCAAAAGCGAAGGCGAUGUCGAAGAGGAGAAUGAUAAUAAACAAAUUGCUGUCGCGCAAAAUGGCAAGCACAUUGAAAAUGACAUACCAGUUUCCGCCACCGAGGACCCUGUACUCCACACAGUACAGACUGUUGGCCGACUCUCCCACAAGAUCUCGCGUCGUGUCUAUCAGAACGUGUCCAGACAAAUCAAGCGAAUGCAAAAAGGAAAUAUAAAUGAUUAUCUGAGCUCACUCAUCGCCGCAUUGAAAUUGCAUCAAUACAUAAAUUUCAUCAACUCAUCGAUGGGCACAAAUGUCGAGCAGUCCAUUGCCGACGUUAGUGCCAACAGCAAUAACACAAACGUUGCUACGGCGAAUAACAGCAACAAGACUACACCAACAACAUCAACGGCUGUAGCGGCGGCACCGGCACUGGCACUGGCACCGGCGGCGCCAACCACGCCCACAACUGCGUCGUCCGCUUCGCCAAACGCCUCAUCGGCGACAAAACGUAGCAACCAAAACAAGUCGCCGAAUUCAACGCCGCCAAAGGCGAACUGAACCAUAAAAAAUGAAUCAAAUACAAAAAUAAUAUAUAAAAAUUAUUAAAUAAUUUACAAAAUAAUAAUACUUGAAUUGAGUA